AUGCCUGCUGGAGCUGUGCCUCUCCCAUGUCUCUCCUUGCAGCUGUUCCUGGAGAAAUACGGCUACUUCGAUGAGCCGGGGGCCGGCAGGCACAGCCCCGCUGAGUUCAUGGAGGCGGUGAGGGACUUCCAGCGGGUGACCCACCUCCCACUCAGCGGCGUCCUGGACGGCCGCACGCUCCAUCAGAUGGCUCUGCCGCGGUGCGGCACGGGCGACGGGGAGAGCCGCGCUGCCUGGCCACGCCGGCGCCGCAGGCGCACCACACAGCACGGCGGGAGGUGGUACAAGCGGCACCUGACCUACCGGGUGGUGAACUGGCCCUCCUACUUGCCGCAGCACGAGGUGCGCCUGGCGGUGAAAGCUGCCUUUGAGCUCUGGAGCAACGUGUCCUCGCUGGUGUUUUGGGAGGCGCAAGACGGCCCAGCUGACAUCCGCCUGACCUUCUUCCAUGGGGACCACAACGAUGGACUCAACAACGCCUUCGAUGGACCAGGAGGUGCCCUGGCUCACGCCUUCUUCCCCCGGCGCGGAGAAGCCCACUUCGACAGCGCCGAGCGCUGGUCCCUGCGCAGUGGCAAAGGGCGCAACCUCUUCAUCGUGGUGGCACACGAGGUCGGCCACACGCUGGGGCUGGAGCACUCCCCUAUCAAGAGUGCCCUGAUGUCUCCCUACUACAAGAAGCUCAGCAAGGAUUUUGUCCUCAGCUGGGAUGAUAUCUUGGCCAUCCAGAACUUGUAUGGGAAGCCCUCCAAGGGCUCGGCCGUCCAGCUCCCGGGAAAGGUCUUCACUCACUUCCAGGACUGGAGCACGGAUCUUUACAGAGGGGACGAGCAGCAGAGGAGCCUCAGCGCCUAUUACUGCCACUCCUUCUUCGACGCCAUAGCCACUGAUGCGGAUCACAACCUCUACAUCUUCAAGGGCAGCCACUUCUGGGUGGUGCCGGCGAGCGGCAAUGCCAGUGACCCCCGGCCCCUGCAGACGCGCUGGCCCGGUCUCCCUGCUGGCAUCGAUGCCUGCGCCUGGUCCCAGCGCAGCGGCAAGUUUUACUUCUUCAAAGGUGGCCGAUGCUGGCGCUACACGGGUUCCACCUUGGAGGCAGGUUUCCCCCAGAAAUGCAGCGCCCAUGGCCUCCCCCGGCACCCCGACACCGCACUCUACUUCCAGCAGCUCCGGCGCCUGGUCCUCUUCAAAGGACCCAAGUACUUUGUGGUGAGCGAGGAGACCCUCGGUGUGGAGCCCUACUACCCCCGCAGCCUGCAGGACUGGGAGGGCCUCCCCCCUGGCACGGCGGGCGCCCUCACCCACCGCGAUGGCUUCAUCUACUUCUUUCGGGAUGACCAGUACUGGCAAUUCGACCGGGCAAAGCUGCAAGUGGUGGCCACCGGCAAAUGGGCCACCCAACUGCCCUGGAUGGGCUGCUGGGAUGCAAACAGUGGGCAGGUCCUCUUCUGAGCAGAGUGUGCAGGGAUGAAACAGGGGCAGGACUGAACCCCACCUCGCUUGCUCCUGCCCGGGUCCCUCUUUAUUUGGCUCUGGAUUCUGGGGACGGUUCGGCAGGGACCAGCAGGUCAGGGCUGCCCAUGGACGGCUGGCACCGGGGCUCGUGGAGCGGUGCCCUGGCGCAGCAGGGACACAGCCGGGACAAGAGUGGCCAUCAGCCCAGGCGGGUCUGCCGCAGCCAGGUGGGCUGGAAGCUUGGGGAGGCAAUAUUUUUUUUCUAAAAGACCACAAAAAAAGGGUUUAAGCCGCGGAGACUGCAACCACACCCAUUUCUGCAAACUUUCAGAAUAUCGUUACGCGU